AUUGUGCGUAGCUCACGCAAACCCUCACUAGGCAUCAGUUUACCAGUACUGUACCACUUCGUAAACGCAUACUCCAGCUCCAGCGGCCAUUGAUAGGGAACUCAUAGUUUGCAAUGGGGAGCAGAUUGGGAAGAAGAAUAGUACACUUUGCUAACUUACCCAUUAAACUCCUUAUGCCGUCCUCGUUCGAAAAUAUUACCGAGAUUGCUCUCAAAACCAUCCCUUCCGCUUCCAAGAUUGAGAUAAAGAGGGUUUUGGAGUCACUCUACGGAUUCGAAGUGGAGAAGGUCCAAACCCUGAACAUGGAUGGGAAGAAGAAGAAACGAGGCGGGUUGUUGAUCGCCAAGCCUGACUACAAAAAGGCCUAUGUUACCCUGAAGAACCCUUUGUCCAUCUCACCGGAGUUUUACCCGAUCAGAAUAAUCGAACAGAUUAAACAAGAAACGAGCAAGCAAUCGAAAUCCAGCAUAGUUGAGGAUGGUGAACCAAAGAAGGCACAUUGGCUUGAUGAUAGGAAAGAUGGGAAAUCGAGGCCCCAUGGGAGAUACGGUCGUGGCCAUGGUGUAAAUCGAACCAGGAAUGCUGGUAGUGGUGUUGAUGCUGCAACCGCAAAGUUUCCGUGGAGCAGCAUGAAGUCUUUUGCUGGCAGGUAGGAUUUAAAUUUGUUAUGAAAAAGAAAUCUAUUGCAUUCAUAGAAAUGGUGCCCUGAAACUGCUUUCAUUAGUUGUUUUGCUAAUAAUUGGUGUUGAUACUAAUUUUUGAAUAUAUCAGCUUACUGAAAAAGUAGUUUAGACUUGUAUACUUGUUCUUUUUUUGCUGUGCUUCUGUGAUUUGAAGUGCUAUUUACUAUUUACUUGAGAUAUGUUUAUGCUUGAAGUUUGAUAUUUCCAAUCAAA